AUGGCGGGUCGGUUCGGCCUAUCGUCAACUGCUCCGGCCACCAUGAUCGUUACUAAUACACCGGCUCAGGACCUUGCCGUCACUAAUCUUGCUUACUGCUCCGCUUCUGAUCUUCAAAACUUUGCCGUCCCUGGCACUAAGCUCUUCCUUGCCUUGGUUGGCGAUUCCUUUGUCCUCUCCCUUACUCCUCAUGGAAGCAUAAGCAGUGGCCAUAUUGCCUUAAAUGCUAUUCAACGUCGUCAUGCUAGAGUUUCAACUGGGGACCAGAUAUCUGUGGCGAGAUUUAUCCCGCCAGAUGAUUUCAACCUGGCGCUACUUAGAUUGGACUUAGAGUUUGUUAAAAAGGGAUCCAAAAGUGAACAGGUCGAUGCUGUUCUCUUGGCUAAUCAAUUGAGGAAGAGAUUUAUCAACCAGAUAAUGACGGCAGGGCAGAGAGCUUCUUUCGAGUACCAUGGUACUAACUAUAUCUUCACAGUUAAUCAAGCUGUUGUGGAAGGGCGAGAUACAUCCAAUAGUGUUGAAAGAGGGAUGAUUUCAAAUGAUACCUAUUUUGUGUUUGAAACAUCGAAUGGAAGUGGAAUAAAGAUAGUUAAUCAACGUGAAGCUGCUAGUAGUAACAUAUUUAGGCAAAAAGAAUUUAAUCUUCAAGCACUUGGCAUUGGAGGAUUAAGUGAGGAGUUCGCUGAUAUAUUUCGAAGAGCUUUUGCCUCUCGUGUUUUUCCUCCUCAUGUGACCAGCAAGUUGGGCAUUAAACAUGUAAAAGGAAUGCUGCUUUAUGGGCCACCUGGAACUGGCAAAACUCUUAUUGCCCGUCAAAUUGGAAAAAUGUUGAAUGGGAGAGAGCCAAAGAUUGUCAAUGGCCCUGAAGUGUUGAGCAAGUUCGUUGGGGAAACCGAAAAGAAUGUGAGAGAUCUUUUUGCUGAUGCUGAGAAUGAUCAAAGGACCCACGGAGACCAAAGUGAGUUGCAUGUCAUAAUUUUUGAUGAAAUUGAUGCUAUUUGUAAGGCAAGGGGAUCAACUAGAGAUGGAACUGGAGUUCAUGACAGCAUUGUCAACCAGUUACUCACGAAGAUAGAUGGUGUAGAAUCAUUAAACAAUGUGCUACUUAUUGGCAUGACUAACAGAAAGGACUUACUUGAUGAAGCUCUUUUAAGACCAGGUCGCUUGGAAGUUCAGGUUGAAAUCAGCCUGCCAGACGAGAAUGGUCGUUUACAGAUUCUUCAAAUUCAUACUAACAAAAUGAAAGAAAAUUCUUUUAUUGCUCCUGAUGUGAACCUCCGGGAAAUUGCUGCCCGUACAAAGAACUACAGUGGUGCUGAAAUUGAAGGGGUUGUAAAAAGUGCAGUAUCAUACGCCUUAAAUAGACAAUUAAGUCUUGAUGAUCUUACAAAGCCGGUUGAUGAAGAGAACAUUAAGGUUACAAUGGAUGACUUUCUGAACGCAGUCCAAGAAAUUAUUCCUGCUUUUGGUGCUUCAACAGAUGACCUUGAAAGAUGCAGGCUUAAUGGUAUGGUGGAUUGUGGUGGACGACAUAAACACAUUUAUGAAAGGGCAAUGUUACUUGUAGAGCAAGUUAAAGUCAGCAAGGGAAGUCCACUUGUUACUUGUCUUCUUGAAGGCCCAAGUGGCAGUGGCAAAACUGCAAUGGCGGCUACUGUUGGUAUUGACAGUGAGUUUCCAUAUGUCAAAAUUAUAUCAGCAGAAUCAAUGAUUGGUCUUCUUGAGAGCACAAAAUGCGCACAGAUUGUCAAGGUUUUUGAGGAUGCAUACAAGUCUCCAUUGAGCAUAAUCAUUCUCGAUGACAUUGAAAGAUUACUGGAAUAUGUUGCCAUUGGUCCUCGUUUUUCAAAUUUGAUGUCUCAAGCACUGAUGGUUCUUCUCAAACGACUUCCUCCCAAGGGUAAAAAGCUUCUGGUAAUUGGAACAACUAGUGAAGUGGGCUUUUUAGAUUCAGUUGGUAUUUGUGAUGCUUUCUCAGUCACUUACCAUGUUCCAACAUUGAAAACGGAUGAUGCCAAGAAGGUGAUGCAACAACUGAAUGUUUUUGCCGAGGAUGAUGUGGAUGCUGCUGCCGAGGCUGUCACUGAUAUGCCCAUCAAGAAGCUGUACAUGUUAAUUGAGAUGGCUGCUCAAGGUGAACGUGGUGGAGCAGCAGAAGCCAUCUAUUCUGGUUCACAGAAGAUUAAGAUCUCUCACUUUUUCGACUGCCUCCAGGAUGUCAUCCGAUAUUAGAUUCCAAUUCUUUCAUUUGUUUCUGCACCUUAUUAUUAUAACAUUUUCUUUUGAUUUGAUAAUUUUGAGCUCCAUGUUUCCCGAUUGCCAGCUGGUUGUUGAUUGAGAUUGGUUGCAGUGCAUGUAAACGGAUUUUUUUUCUUUGAAACUUGGGUACUCCAUAGAAUGCUGAGUUGAUCGAUUGCAACUGCCUUUGUUGACUGAAGUCCCCUGCUGAUUUUAAGAGACGGUACGUAUCAUUUUUUUUAGUUUUUAUCUCAGAUGAUGAAUUGAGUUACUGUUUUGGAACUUACGAAAAUGAUUGAGCUAUUUGAUUCUCA